UGCAGAGGCCGCGCCGCCUCCACCGCCCGAGGUCCGCGCGCUCCGCCGCAGGGUGCAGACCCUGGCGCCCGCCUGGGUCUGGGGCGCAAGAGCAGAGGCGGAGCCGGGGCGGAGCCAGAGCGCCCCGUCCACCACGCCAACCCCCGCAAUCGAAAGCGAAAGAGGGGGCCGGGAAGGAAGGGCGGGGCCGCCCGGAGGCCCCGCCCCCUGCCCUGCGCGGCUGCUGGACCGACGGGCGCGCCCGGGUAGAGGGGCUCUGAGCGCGCAGUGCAGACCCUCGCGGGAACCUGUGCCGCCGCCACCAUGUCUCAAGAAGGUGUGGAGCUGGAGAAAAGCGUCCGGCGCCUCCAGGAGAAGUUUCAUGGGAAGGUAUCCUCCAAGAAGGCGGGGACUCUGAUGAGGAAAUUUGGCAGCGACCACACCGGAGUGGGGCGAUCCAUCGUGUACGGGGUAAAGCAGAGAGAUGGACAGGAACUGAGUAAUGACCUGGAUGCCCAGGACCCCCCAGAGGACAUGAAGCAGGACCAGGACAUCCAGGCUGUGGCUACCUCCCUGCUGCCACUAACAGAAGCCAACCUGCGCAUGUUCCAGCGCGCGCAGGAAGACCUCAUUCCCGCCGUGGACCGGCAGUUUGCCUGCUCCUCCUGUGACCACGUGUGGUGGCGGCGUGUACCCCAGCGGAAGGAGGUGUCCCGGUGCAGGAAAUGCCGGAAGCGCUAUGAGCCGGUGCCGCUGGACAAGAUGUGGGGCGUGGCUGAGUUCCAUUGCCCAAAGUGUCGGCACAACUUCCGGGGCUGGGCACAGAUGGGGUCCUCGUCCCCCUGCUACGGGUGCGGCUUCCCUGUGUAUCCAACACGGAUCCUCCCUCCACGCUGGGACCGGGACGCAGACCGCCGCAGCACCCACACCCACUCCUGCUCGGCCGCGGACUGCUACAACCGGCGAGAGCCCCACGUGCCUGGGACGUCCUGCGCACACCCCAAGAGCCGGAAGCAGAACCACCUGCCUAAAGUCUUGCACCCCAGCAACCCCCACAUCAGCAGUGGCUCCACUGUGGCCACCUGCCUGAGCCAGGGGGGCCUCGUGGAACACCUGGACAACCUCAUCCUGGAGGACCUGAAGGUGGAGGAGGAGGAGGAAGAGGAGGAGGAGGGCGAGGGCGGGCACGGGGAGUGACCCCCGACAGGUGCAGAUGCAAACUGGACACGGUCUGUGGAUACUUUGUGCUGUUAUAAAAUACGAGCUCAAACUGAUAUCUAAGUGCCCUUGGGGAGCCAUUUGGGUCCGCGACAUCGGCAGGGGGGUUCCUGGGUCCCAUUUUCAGGGCCCAUGCUAAGUCACAAACAGCUGUGGCCAGGACAAGUUGGGCUGCUGCUGACAAACAUCCCCUGAGACCCAGGGGACCGACGGACAGAUGGUCACAGCCUCAGGGGCCGGAUCAGCAUGGCAGCCUUCUUCAGAGAGUAAGCCCCGCCACGAAACUCCGCCCAGUAGACACCGUCUUGGUAACGGCUGCGGUAAUGGCCACCACGGUGCCACACGCCAUUGAGGUUGGAGUGGGCACACGCAUGGUACCACCAGCCUCCCCGCUGGUACAGGGCACAGUUACCUAAGGAGAGAGAAAGUCCGUGUCCUCUUACCAGAAUAAAAGCUUCGACUAGCAUGUCACUAGCACAAGGCUUUUGCCAAGCAUCCCCCGGGCCUUCCCACUCUUACUGAAUAAAACCCUGAUCCUCUCUCCGCAUCAAGUUA